AUGACCACAGCCGCCUCCUCCUCGACGUAUGGCGAGUCCAUCCUCUCGCCAUCCACCACGACCUCCUUCGCCUCCUCCUCCGCCUACCCCAUCUCCUCCGCCACCCUCAGCGGCGCAGACCACCUCCGCGACCUAUUUCACCGUCGCAUACGCAGUCUCGUCCACCUCAAGCGCUCACUCCAGGGCCAGCGCACGUGGCACUCCACGGUUCAGCUGCAACCUCCCGACCUCGCGACCGCCUUUGACAAUGACCGUAUGCACCGCCGCACCCUGCGCUAUUCCCUUCUCGGUUUCAGCCUCUCCAGCAUCCUCGACAUCUCCAACCCUGCCGAUAUGGCUCGCGCCAUCAUAUCGCUCAUCAACGAGCUCGACAGCUAUACGGACGACAACAUCAUCGCGCUCACCAGCGGUACGGGCGCGGCCAACUUCGGCACCCAGAGACCAAAGAUGCGCAAUCUGUUCAAGAGCGGCAAGCAGGCGCUAAAACGCUCCGCGGCCGCUCAAGCGAUCAGCGAGUUCGGCACGGACUCGAACGUAGGGUCGACUUCGGCCGGUGCCAACAGCGAACAGGCCUCCUACCUCAUGGCGCCCAACAUUCCGUUCCAGCUCGACUUCUUUCAGACGUUCUUCACGCUGUGCGAUCUGUUGACGGAGGUGUACUACAAGAUGAUCUCCUUCUUGCCCAGGGACGCGGCCACAGACGGGGCGGGAGAGGCGAGGACCUCGUCCCCACCAACGUCGGCGGGACCCGCAGGGCAGGAUCAAGAUAAGCCAGGCAUGCCCAACCUGGCGUUGUCGGACUUGUACGGCGAGUCAGCUGUCGGUACCGGGAUCGGGAUUAGUGUCAUGACGAUGGAUCUGUUGCUGAAGGCAGAUGCCAAGAUCAAAAAGACCAUCAGUGUCCAGGUCAAGGAUGUCGACGGUCUAGCGCGGCAGACGAUCAAGGACGAGCUUGCCUCGCUCGAUCCCUUGAUGAAGGAUCUCGGGAUCGAUACUGGCGCUGUCAAUGCUGCAUUUCAAUCGUCUUCGAACAGCGGAAAUGCAUCAACGAGCGCCGGUCUACCCUCCUCAUCAGCAUCCGCACUGCCAUUCAGCCUCUCAAACCAACCCUCAACCUCAUCGACCACAUCCCCAACACCAGCCAGCACACACUCGAAACUAUCCACCUUCAUACCAGCCUCCAGCCUACCCUCGCACUUUCGUCGUGGCACCGUCAAGCCCGACCCACGCACCUCGUCGCACGACGCAAGUGCUGGGCAUCAUCAUCUCAACCUCACUUCCCUCGCCAGCAGCGGUGGUGCUAGCGUAAACGGAAACGGUUCGACCGACAGCGGAUCGUUGAUCCGCUCGCAAUCGGGUCGGAUCAGGAGGAUGAUGAGUGGAGAACGGGCGGAGGAUACGAGUGUACCAGUCUAUCCGGCGGCUGCUGUGAGCCCGAUCAAGGACGCAUAG